CAAACGAGAAACCACCAGAACAGAGAGAGAAGCACGCAAUCCUGGCAGUACUUUACUAAUGAGAAGUCCAGAUGUCACUAAAGCCCCUGUUACGAAAUCAGAACAGCUCCUCAAGUUAGAUGGCCAUGACUUCACCAUGAGGCCUGGCUUUGGAGGGCCUGCGAUUCCUGUGGGUGUUGAUGUUCAGCUUGAAAGUCUGGACACCAUCUCUGAAGUAGAUAUGGACUUCACCAUGACCCUGUACCUGAGACAUUACUGGAAGGACGAGAGAUUGUCCUUUCCCAGCAACACCAACCAGAGCAUGACCUUUGAUAGCCGCCUGGUGAAGAAAAUCUGGGUACCUGACAUAUUUUUUGUCCAUUCCAAACGAUCCUUCAUCCAUGACACCACCAUGGAGAACGUCAUGCUCCGAGUGCAUCCUGAUGGCAAAGUGCUCUACAGCUUGAGGGUUACAGUCACAGCGAUGUGCAAUAUGGAUCUCAGCCACUUUCCCCUGGACACCCAGACAUGCUCACUGGAGAUUGAGAGCUAUGCUUAUACUGACGAUGACCUCAUGCUGUACUGGAAGAGAGGAAACAAAUCUCUGCAGACGGAUGAGAAGAUCUCUCUGUCUCAGUUCCUCAUCCAGGAGUUUCACACCACCACAAAACUAGCCUUCUACAGCAGCACCGCAGUUGCCGUGUAUGUGUGGAAUGACCCAUCCUGGUCAGAUGAUGAUGAGCAACAGCUACAGCGACAUGGACAUGAUGACCACAGGGAACUACGGCAUGUCGGAGCUGAACGGAGACAAACCGGAGCAGUUCCUGGUUCAUCUGGUCCUGGAUAAUGAACAAGGAGCUCAAAGACCUGCUGUAAGAUCAAGCAGCAGUGUAUUUAUAGACACCCAUGCCAUAGACAAAUACUCAAGGGUCAUCUUUCCUGGAGCUUACACACUCUUCAACAUCAUAUACUGGUCCAGCUACUCACAAUGACUGCUGCUCCUUUACAUUAUAUGACAUUUGUGUUAGUCUUGGAAAUACAGAUUACCUAUGAAAAUCUGUCUCUUUUUUUUAUUAUGCUUGCUUCUCAGCAAUAAAAGAAUACAUAUGACUAUAUGUCGGCAGUUGACAUGAUGCACUGGUUUGCUCUCCUCAAAAAAAGGUUUCUUUUUUCAUUUUUUAUUAUGUAUUUUAAUCUGUAGGUUGAAUAGCAAAGUACAUAGAAUUUUGUCAAUAAAUAUCAAAUUGCUUAUUCAGAUUUAGCAGUUUCAAGUAAAAUCUGUUAAUUGUACUGAUGUGAUUGUCCACCGCAUGAACUUUGAAAUACAUAAAUGUAUG